AUGGCUCGCCCCGUUCUUGACAUGCUCCUUCAGGUCGCCGUCGUGCUGUCCGCGCUGUUGGCCGCCGCGCGCGCCGCGUUCACCCCGGCGGACAACUACCUCGUGCUCUGCGGCACGGCGGCGAACGCCACGGUCGACGGCAGGACGUUCCUCGGCGACGCCAGCCUCCCCGCCUCGACAGUGAACCCCAUGGGCCAAUACACGGGGCUGUCCACGCAGGCGCUGGAGACGGUUCACAGGGUCAACAUGGGCUCUCCCAAGAUCACGCCCUGGAACGACACGCUGGGGAGGACGUGGCUUCCGGACGAGGGCUUCCUGGCCGACAGUUCCGUUACGGUGCACAGAGAUGUGCCGCCCUCGACGCUCCGGUGGACGCCAGGCUUCGCGACCGCCGAGACGGCGCCAGGCAUGGUCUAUGCUACAGCGACGGAGAUCAACACGACUCUGAUGUCCGCCAGCACCAUAAGCGUGCAGUUUAACAUGACAUGGAAAUUACAAGCCACGCCGGGGUCGGCGUACCUGCUCCGGCUACACUUCUGCGACAUAGUCAGCAAGGCGGCAAACGUAUUGGUCUUCAACGUCUACGUCGGCGGAUGGACUGUGCUGCCGGACUACGAGAUCUCCAGAGAGACUUUCAGCGUCCCGGCCGUGCCGUUGUACAAGGACUUUGUGCUCAGCGCCAAGGACGUCAAGGGCAACAUCACCGUGAGCAUCGGGACGUCCACGCUGGGCAACGCGGACCCAGACGGCGUCCUCAACGGCCUCGAGAUCAUGAGAAUGGUCGGGAGCACCGGCGGCGAUGGCGCCACCUCGUCGCAGAGCGGUUCAAAGAAAACCACCAUCUCAAUCGUCGCCGGUUCGGCCGUCGCGGGAGCCACGGUGGUGAUGGCUGUCGCGCUAAUUGUCCUCUGGGUGCGGCGACGGAAGAAACCGGAGAAGAAGCCGUCGAACACCUGGGCCGCGUUCUCGGCGAGCGCGCUGGGCUCCCGGGCGCACUCGCGCAGCUUCGGCAAGAGCAACAGCGGCGGCGCCAGGAACAACACGAUGGUGAACCUGGCGGAGUGGGCCACGCAGCGGCUCAAGAACGGCGAGCUCGACAGCAUCGUCGACCAGCGGAUCGCUGGGUCGAUACGGUCGGAGUCGCUCAAGAAGUUCGUUGACACCGCGGAGAAGUGCCUCGCGGAGUACGGCGUGGAGCGGCCCGCCAUCGGGGACGUGCUCUGGUGCCUCGAGUUCGCGCUGCAGCUGCAGGAGGCGUCGCCGGAUAGCUCUGGCACUGACGGCACGCAGCUAGUUCCCAGGAGUGCGUCCAGAUUCCAUCGCAACCAGUCGACCGUCAGCGACGGGACAGAGGCCACCGUGUCAGCGAACUUGGGGGACCUCGAUGGUAUGUCGAUGACGAGAGUUUUUUCAAAGAUGAUCAAGAGCGAGGAGGCUAGGUGA